AUGGCUACCGGCUCGUCAGGCGAAUUCCGAACAGGAUUCCCCAAGUUCAGUGACGACCCAGGCGACUACGUCGGCUGGCGAACCCUGCAGACCUCCUUGUUUAUGGAGGACAAGCUGCACAAGGUUCUGUUGGGAGUGGAGAAAGCCCCUUCGGAUCCCGGACCUAGUGCUACGCCGGACCAGACUUCGGCAUACCAAUCUGCCCUGGAAGGAUACCAGGACAAAAACGGACACAUCUUUACACGGCUGAUGCUCGCCACAUCUGAAACCGGGGGCUACCAGAGCGCGGCCUCGCAGACUGUGCAGGCAUACGCGCCUAUCGGGUCUUCCUACAACGGAGACGGUCGUGGAGCCUUCCUCGCCCUGAAACGAAAGUACCAGGCCGCUGGGGUGCUGGCUACGCCUGCCACAGCUUCGCUACAACUGGAGCGUGCUGUCCCAUUGCAGGUGCCGAUUGCGCCUGCCACAGCAGAGGAAACCGAGGAGCCUGCUGCCUCCUACGAGCAGGAAAAGGAACCGCCUGCCGCGAUACAGUAUGAGGAGCUAGUCGCGUACACCAACGUUUUCGUGCAGUGGACAAGACAGCGCCCGCCGGGAAUACGAGGGUGUUCAUCGACACCGCCGAUUCGGGACAUGCAUUUCGCAAUGUUCACCGACGACAAAUCUCGCAUGCGGUGGGGCAUCCCCCUCAAGACAAAGGAUGAAGUGACGGUCGCGCUCGAAACCCUGAUUAAAGAAGUCGCCGACGCCGAGGGCAUCUGCAUCGGGAAAAUCCAUUGCGAUGGCGCAGUCGACUUCAAGGGUAGGUUCUUAGCAAUGUGUCGGUCCAUCGGGAUUGCUGUGGAGACAAGCCCCCCGUACGUCCCUCAAGGGAAUGCUGUCGCUGAACGCGGUUUCGGGACUGUCAUCGGUGCAGCACGUAGCCUCAUGCUUGGAGCUCCGCACCUGCCGCGUCAACUGUGGGCGGAAGCCGUGAAGGCCGCCAUUUACUGACAUCCUGGAUGGCAAAGCCCCACUUGAGGUUUGGGAGGACAAACCACUCGGCAGCUUGAAGCACAUGCAUGAGUGGGGGUCUGUGGCGUUUAAACACGUAGAAGCUCGCUCGCGAAACGAUGAGUUUUCUGCCAUGGUAAAGAAGUACAACAUGGUGGGAUACAAUACAACCAGCGAGACGUGGCGGCUAUGGGACCCGGCGGAAACACUCAAAAUUGCAAACUCUGCUGAGCUGUCAUUCCGCGAGGUAGAUGCCCGCGAUNCGCACCUGCCGCGUCAACUGUGGGCGGAAGCCGUGAAGGCCGCCAUUUACUGACAUCCUGGAUGGCAAAGCCCCACUUGAGGUUUGGGAGGACAAACCACUCGGCAGCUUGAAGCACAUGCAUGAGUGGGGGUCUGUGGCGUUUAAACACGUAGAAGCUCGCUCGCGAAACGAUGAGUUUUCUGCCAUGGUAAAGAAGUACAACAUGGUGGGAUACAAUACAACCAGCGAGACGUGGCGGCUAUGGGACCCGGCGGAAACACUCAAAAUUGCAAACUCUGCUGAGCUGUCAUUCCGCGAGGUAGAUGCCCGCGAUGUCGCUCGCCCCAUGCACGGGUCUGACCCAUUUCCCGAACAAGGCCAGAUUUUCUAGCCUGGCAGUAUCACGGGGCCG